AUGUUUUCCUGCCAUUUUAUCUCAGAAAUGGCUUCCCUUUGCAAGAGUCUGGCAGCUCUCCACACGCAGCUCUGCCUGUUAGUCCUGAUCUCAGGUGAGAUCUCAGCCUCAAGAACCACCACCCUGCAGAAGUCAGAUAUGUGCUGUUCAAACUUCCGGCAGCACCCUCGUUACAUAGCUGCCAAGAAGAACACCCAAGUUCACUUCAUCUGCCAUUCCCGCAACUCAAAUGAUGUGCAGUGGUACAAAAUGACUGGACAGGACAAAACCCCCCGGGUGAUAGAUGUGAAUGGCCCGAGGGUGUACGAGGAGAGGAAUGUGUCGUUUGUAAUGAUCAUCUUCAGCAAAAUCCAGCCUGAAGACAAUGGUAUUUACUUGUGUGAAAAUAAGAGCCUGGCUCGUGAUCUGGGACGGAUACGCACGUGUGGGAGUGAACUGAGAGUAAUAGGUUUCAGCACCAUUGAGCAGGUCCAGAGACGGAACAGCGUGAAAGACGUCAUCAUCAUGAUCCAGUCCAUUCUCCUGGUCAUCUUCGUGAGCGUCCCCAUGCUCCUGCUCCUGGAGAGAGGCGACGGCAAGGCCAGCUCUGAUGAGGACCAUACCUAUGAGGGCUUAGAGAUCGAACAAACUGCCACCUACGAAGACAUUGCACCUCUGCGGGAUGUAAAAGCCAAGUGGACAAUUGGGGAGCAUCCGGGCCAGGAGUGAGGGGCUCUGCACCCAGGCGACUUGCCUACGUUAGUGGAACAGCUUCUUGCACCCGCUGUGCCUGCGAGCUACCCACUGAUGCUGGAGGGGAUGGGAUUCCUGGCUU